CAGGAAUCCCCUCCAAAUUCAUUAUCGUCUUCCCCAAAAUCCACAGUUUCAAUAUCCUCAUCAAUGAGCUCUCCUGUUUCGGGUGUGACCUCACUUGCUCAUGCCGAUCGACGCGAAGGACUGCCCGACUCUUGCUCGCGGCAAGGCGCUUGCGAAUCUGAUAAUCUUAGCAAAAAUGUUGAGUCUCGGUCUGCACCCGCUGGCCGCGAACUUGGAACUGCAUCAGUCUCUACUUCGUCCAGAUCUUCUUCCUCUGCCUCUUCAAUGGAUGACUUCUCAUCAAAAACCUCUUCGUCAGCUUCCUCUAAUGCCUCCUCCGGUUCCACCUCACCUUCUGCCACUGGCAAGCCCUCUCAGACCACUGCAUCAGUGGCUGUGAAUUCUCACCCACAUUCUUCCCGUUCUAUCUCUUAUUCCUCUGCCUCCUCUUCCUGUCGCUCGUCUUCUUCGAGCUCCUCCCACUCCUCAUCUUCAACCGCUACCUCAUCCGGUUCCUGCUCUUCUCGAUCUCAUUCACCUUCUCCCUCUCUCUCUCCUCACUCAUCCAUUUCGCGAUCCGGCUCCGAUUCCUCAGUAGCGUGCUCAUCCACCUCUAGUGCCUCUGCUUCUUCUGUCACAUCUCCCUCAUCUACCUCUACUACCUCACCAUCUCCUGCCCACCGUACCCGACCAUCCCUCAAGAUCGCUAAGAAUUUGGAGGAUUGCGGUUCCUCUGAGGAUGAUGAGCAAGUUGUGGUAGAGCGACAACAUCAGCGACACCAAAGAAAUCAUUCUAAAUUGCAAAAGGACAUACAUGAUUCGAAUCAAGAUAAACUAUUGAUUCGAACUAACCAUGGCUCUGCUACCUUCGUACCCGCUAUCAACUUACCUGCUUUCCAACUUACUUACGACACUCCCUGA